AUGGCCGAGCAACCACCGCCGCCGUCCGCAAGCAGGAUCAAGCUGCCUAAUGCUCAGCCUUACUACAAUUACCAGCCGCUUCGUGAGGGAUGGAUCAGGCUCGUGAGAAUCAGGAGUGUGCCGUCUUCGAGUCGGCGUUUGCAUCCCCCAGACGACGCUCUCGAAGCGGACAUCCAUGUGGUCUUUGAAGAAUAUUCUCUGCAGAACUGCCCCACCUACAUCGCCCUAUCUUAUACCUGGGGCAAUGCCACCGUUACCGAUCCGACGUCUACAGUCUUUACCACUGAAUUGCGCUGCUAUCCAAUCUUCUGCGAAAGAGAACUCCUACGCACGACCCGCAAUCUCCGUGACGCCCUCCGCCGUCUUCGAGGACCGAAGCACACCCGUGUUUCAUCUGAAACAAAAACCACCAGCAAAUUUUUAACAGAGGCGUUCGAAAAUACUGAUCUAUACUGGAUCGAUGCUCUAUGCGUCGACCAGGAUGACCUCGCAGAGCGGGCGGCGCAGGUAGCCUUGAUGAGCAAGAUCUACGGUCAAGCUUCCAGUUGCAUAGUCUUUUUGGGGGAAUCAGACGAGCACUCUAUGGUGGCCUUGGAACUUGUUCACAGGUUUGCCGAAGACAAAUCCUUGAGCGAUUUUACCCACUCCAAUGAGAACAGAGCUAAAGACAAAGUUGCUCUUCGGUUGAACGGCCUCCCUCGGUAUCAAAGACAUGCCCUCAGCAUGCUACUGGCCCGGCGUUACUUCAAUAGGAUCUGGGUGCUCCAGGAGAUCAUGUUGGCCUCCAGGGUCAUCGGAUUACUCGGAUCUCUGGCCAUCAACUUCGAGGUGCUUUUCACUUUUGGUCAACUCCUACUUUCAGCCAAGACAGAUCGAACUUGUGAGGCUCUGGAUAACAUUACGGUCGAAAGCGAGCAGCUUGCUGUACUUGAAGGUGAUGGUCCUUUCCCUUUUCAAGCAGUAAUGAACAUGGCAAUGGUAUUGGGUGCAAGGAUGAGCUUUCACCGCGGUGACACGCCUAGCCUCAUUCAUAUUGUGCCGAUGUCUUUCAUGUGUCGAGUUACCGAUCAACGCGAUAGGGUUUAUGGCAUCCUCGCUAUCAGCGCCGAGCUACAAGAGAACGACAGGCCCAAUAUACCAGUCGACUACAACCUACCAGUGGACCAGGUAUACAUCAAUGCCACUGUAGCGUUUUCUCUGCGACGGAAUGACCUGGAGUUCCUUGCUCUCGUGGGGGAGCACGCAAAAGUCAACAUUACCCUACCUUCUUGGUGUCCAGACUACAGUACACGAUACUUCUGGCUUCGUGCCCUUGGUGGUGCUGUCAAGUGGCAUUUCGGGCCAUUAUGGACGUUUCCGGCGACGAUCGAGUUUCGAGACAACCGGAAACUCAUUGUACAGGGCAUUCAUUAUGAUACAUUGGCCGGAACCGCGACAACUGGGCUCUUUGAUCCAACUGAUACCUUACGGUGUGUCAAACCCAGCCAACUUUUGGGACUGGCAUUGAACCUACGCCGGGAAGCCUCACAAAGCGUCAGCAUCAGGUGGGUAUGGUGCGGCAGAUUCCUCUCGCCGAACAAUCUGCUGACAAGACAACAGGUCCACUACGAGAAUAGAGAUGCUGUGGAGGUUAUUGUUCAUGCCCGACUUCUUGAGCCCAACGAGGGCACCUCGCUGCACGGUGCUGUUUUUGCCCAAUUUGAUCAUCCAGAUUAUGCUUUUGCAUAUCCAAUGGUGGCAAAAGGUCUCUGGAGUCUCACCACGCCCCGAUUCGCAAAGUUCUCUGGUCACGGAGGAAGUCGAAGCAACGGAGGACAUCAUCAACCGCAUCUGUCAUCUGGAGCCUCAGAGCACCCCUUUCUUACCCGUUAA